ACCAGAAUAUGUUCGUAGAUUCAUUCAAGAUAUUUACAUGUGUGUGUAUGUUAAUCCUGACCUUGAUUUGUAUGGUGUCAAUGAUGUUUAUGAUGAUCCUACAUUUGAUGCUUCUCCUACUCCUGCCUCAGUUAAGGAAUCUCGCUCUCUUACUAAAAGGGAACUAGAUCAUACAAAUGAAGAAUUCCAUCAGCUCAAAAAGUCGUAUGAAGACCUUGUUACUAGUUACAAAAAUAAAAAUGAAGAGUAUCGUCAGCUGCAAGAUAUGUAUGAGAAUAUUAGGAGGAAUUUUCAAAGAAAAGAAGACGAGUGCUAUCAACUACAGAAGUCUUGUGAUGCUCUUGUGACUAGUAAUAAAGACAAGGAAGAAAGAAUACGCUGCUAUGAACAAUUAGUUCAAAAAAUGGAAGCAGAUCAAGCAUCAAAGCAAAACGAAUUAGCUAGACUUGAGAAAAGUUGGAAGAUUAGCUCUGCAGAUAUUGAGUACAGUAAAACAAAGCUGGGUACAGGAGGAUGGGCAAAAGUCACAAUUGGAAAGUUUCGUGGGAAAGAUGUCGCAGUAAAGAGAUUCUAUAAAGUACUUUUGCAGCAGAAAGAGCAAAGUAGUCAUUAUAUGGAGCUCCUUCAUAGAGAGAUCAACACAAUGUCUCAGUUGCGUCAUCCUAAUCUCCUCCAGUUUAUAGGAGCUGUGUUAGACCAUCCAAAAGGUAAUCCUAUGAUUAUCACUGAAGUAAUGGAUACCUCAUUACGGAGUGCCUAUGAGAGGAAGGAGCUUACUACUGAUCCUGGCUGUAGACCAGUGAUUCUAUCUAUAAUGCGUGAUGUAGCUGUGGGUUUAAACUACCUACACUGUCUACCUGAUCCUAUUAUUCAUCGUGAUGUCAGCAGUGCUAAUGUACUACUGGAAUCAAAGGGACACAACAAAUGGAAGACUAAGAUAUCCGACUUUGGAUCAGCUAAACUUGCUCAUGCAGCAGUCACAGAAGCACCAGGAGCAGCUGUUUAUAGUGCUCCAGAAAGCCAUGCUCCUUCUGGAAAAAAGCAAACACCAAAAAUGGAUUCCUAUAGCUAUGGUGUUCUCUUAUGCGAAGUGAUUACAUGCCGCUUUCCUGUAACUCCAGGAAUAUUUGAGACUCUCUCACUGCAAGUCAAAGCCAGCUCACCUCAGCUGCAUGAGCUCAUAGUUUCAUGUAUCAAUGAAGAACCAGACAAGCGACCAACAAUGUCUGAAAUAAUCGUUGAAUUGGAUCGUUUUAUUGCCUAAGUGGCAACACACUUUAUAGUUUAUUUACAUGAGAACAUUUGUUCUAUUUUUAUACACACAUGAUCUACAGUUAGUAUAGUAUUUUGGUUAAUUGGUUUGGUAUUCAUAGUCACA